AUGGACUUGAAUGCACUCGAGGAGAAGGUCCGUCGGAUGGAGACACUCGAGCUUGGCGAGAUGCGUCUGCUGCUGAAUACGGUGAUGAACCUCUUUCUAUACGAAAGCAACGUUCCGAAUGUGCCGCUUCCUGCCACUAUUUGCGGCGACAUUCAUGGACAGUUUCCGGAUCUCCUGCACCUUUUAGCUCUGGCAGGGGAGAUUGGCACAACCAGCAUGCACUACAUUUUCCUAGGCGACCUCGUUGACCGCGGGUUCAACAGCGUGGAGGUGGUCACCUUUCUUUUCCUGAUGAAGGUGAAGUACCCGGAUAAGAUUACCCUCAUCCGCGGCAACCACGAGACGCGUCAGGUGUCGACCGUCUACGGUUUCUACGACGAAUGCUACAAGAAGUUUAAGACGGCAGAUGUGUGGCGGCACUGCACGGACGUCUUUGACUGCCUGCCCAUUGGGGCACUGCUAGAAGGCAGGGGCCUCUGCGUGCACGGCGGCCUCUCACCGGAGGUACACAGCAUCCAUCACAUCCACCUGCUGAAGCGGCGGCAAGAGGUCCCGAACGAAGGUGCCUUCUCGGACCUCGUCUGGUCGGACCCCGGAAACGUCGAUGGCUGGGGCGUCUCGCAGCGAGGUGCCGGUCACUUAUUUGGGGCAAAUGUUUCCCGUGAAUUUUUGUAUCGUAACGGCCUGAAUCUUUUGGCGCGAGCCCACCAACUCGUCCAGAAGGGAUUCACAUAUCAUUUUGAUGAGGAGUUUGUCUGUACAGUGUGGUCGGCGCCAAACUACUGCUAUCGGUGCAAUAAUUUUGCGAGUGUCCUUCGCGUGUACGAGGAUGAGUCGCGUGAGUUCGUUGUCUUUGAGAAGGUAAGUCGACAAUACGAAGGUGACGACCUGCAGCAUGCGCUGCCAUCCUAUUUCUUGUAG